UCGUAGAAGUAGAAGCUUGAGUUGGCUUGUGUCCAACUCCAGUAUCAUUCAAUACACGUUGCAACGCACUUUUAAAUUUAUUCAAACUGUUCCCGGUUUCGAAUAAAUUUUUACUGAAAAUUACUUAAAUUAUUAACAUUAAGUACAGGACUUGUACUUAUCAUUGGCUAAAAAUUGUGUACAAGGUGCAAGUGAUUGCUUACAAAUAAGCAGCGAAAAAAAAAUAAUUAAAAUUAAUCAGCUGCAUUAGUUUUAAUAUUUGCGCAAAAGUGUUGGGAAUAAAAUAGUUAAGUGUGAUGAGCAUUCAGCGGUAUGACGCAACAUAAGUUCAAAUAAUCGUUGCUAUCACUACAGACUGAUUUAACUCAGUAAACCGGAUACCGUUGUCAGUACAACAUUAGAGGGAAAUUAAUAACGAUCUCUUGUUAAUACUAUUUGUUUUAAUGUCUUAGUAUUGAGUUAUUGUGCUGUGUAAUUAUCUACAGUUUAAAGAAAAAAAAAAACAAAUAAACAAAUAAAUAAUUAAACUUUGCCAUUAGUAAACUAGGAAUAAAAAAAUGGCCUGGCUGAAAAGAGUUAAUGACAGGAUACCCAAAAGGGCAGUCCUCGGAGUCUUGAUGUUUUUAGCAUGUAUGUUCUCAUAUGUGAUUCGUACAAAUUUAUCAAUUGCUAUUGUGGCGAUGGUGUCGGUGAAAAAGGGUCGCAAAGGUCCAUUUUGUACUGAUUUAUUACUCAAUUCAACGAGACCAACUAUACCAGACAUUGAUGAAAGAUAUCCAUGGAGUCAACAGAUUCAAGGAGUAGUUUUGUCUGCUUAUUUUGUUGGUCCUUUACUAUCAAGUGUUCCAUCAGGAAUGUUAGCUGAAAAAUUCGGUGGUGCUAGAGUUGUUGCAUAUGCGACUUUGAUACCGGCAUUGCUGAAUCUUUUAAUGCCAGUUGUUUCUGGUUGGCAUUGGUCUGUAGUUGUUAUACUACGAUUCCUAAUGGGUUUCUCUGGGUCUGCAGUAUAUCCAGCUUUACAUGCAAUGAUAGCACGAUGGGCUCCUCCAGUUGAAAAGGGAAGAUUUGUCUGGACAAUGCAGGGUGGUCCAUUUGGUGCAUUCGUAACAUUCACUCUCUGCUCAUUGAUAAUAAGCGCACUGGGUUGGAAAGCCGCAUUUUACAUCACAAGUGGUGCGAUGCUUGCGUUCUGGCUUCUGUGGGUUUGGUUGGCUUACGAUACCCCCGACUCUCAUCCCACAAUAACAGAAAGUGAAAGAUCUUACAUCAGAGAGCAAAUAGGAACGUCUGUUAGUAAACAAAAAUUAGCGUUGCCAAUUUCCGCGAUGGCUAAAUCUCCACCAUUUUUGGUUUUACUAUGGGCACAUUUCGCCAACAUGUGGGGAAUUUAUUUCCUGUCAUCAAACGGUCCAAAGUACACCUUGGAAAUUUUAGGAUUAGACAUGAGUUCAGGUGGAUUUCUAACUGGGUUGCCAUACAUCGCUCGAUUGGGUGCGGGCGCUCUGUUCGCAGCUUUUGGUGAUUUCUUUAGAAAACGUAACAUUCUGUCAGUAAUUUGGAUAAGAAAAUUAUUCAUGAUAUUUUCUCACGUGGGUCCGGGUGUCUCUCUACUUAUUAUGACUUACGUUGAGUGCAAUGCCUUCGCUGCGAUCGCUAUGAUGAUAUUGGCACUGGCACUAAAUGGAGCUGCUUGUCAAACAAGUCUACAAAAUCAUCAAGAUCUUGCUCCUAAUUACGCUGGGUCACUUUAUGGAGUCAUGAAUGUCUUUGGUAGUGUACCCGGGUUCAUUAUUCCCGCUGCUGUUGGCGCCCUGACAAAUCAUCACAAUGGUGUUGACGAAUGGCGCUGGAUGUUCUGGAUCUCUGCGGUUGUAUUUUUCUCGGCGACUGUCUUGUUCUGGAUCUUCGGAUCCGCGAGCAUUCAGCCCUGGAAUGACACCAGUAAAAUAGUCAGUUUGAAUAAUCCUGAUGAAGAGAAAAAAAUAAAUGAAGUUAAUGGUAAAGAAAUUGCUCAGAGUGAUGAGGAAGAAAAUGAACGACUGUAAAAUUAAUUGUUCAAUUAAAUAUCAAAGGUAUUAUCAUUAAUGUUUUUUUUUUAACAUAAAUUUAAAAAUUUGAAAAUUUCAUUUCUGAAUUAUCGAAUAAAAAUAUGUGUGCCAAUUAUUUUCAGUUUUAUUUUUUUUUUUUUUUCAAUUAUUCAAUUGAAUAAAUGAUGACGUAGAAAUUGAUUUUAUUUAAUUUUUAUGUUAAAUUAAUAACUUAUUGUUAUUAACAGAAUUAAUUAUUAAUAGAGAGAUGUGCGAUUUUUUUAACCAAAUCGAAUUUUACUAUUCGAUUUGAAAUUUUUAUCGAAUAAUUUGAAUUUUCUAAUUAUUCGAAAAAUUAAUUUGUCAGUUUUCGAAUUCAAAUUUCGGUUUGAGCUUCGAAUAAAAAUUUUUAUUUUCCGUAGUAAAUUAUGAAAUUUUUUAAAGAAUAAUUUUGAUUUUUUUUUUUAAAUUAGAAAAUUUACGGAAAUUUUUGAUCCUGACAAUUAAUUUGAAUUAUUGUAAUAAUUCGAAAAUUUACAAAUAAUUAAAAAAAUGACGAAUUAUUUGAAAAUUUGAAUUUCGGAAGAAAUGUUACACUGUAAAAAUUUUUGGGAGUAAAUCCCAAAAUAUUAAAACUCCGGUUCGGAGUAAAUGCGGAUGAAAAAUCAAACUCCGUAUGCGAAGGGAUUUUUUUGUAAAAACUCCAAGCGACAAGUGAUUUCGGAUUUAAAUGAAAUCCGUAAUUACUCCGAAUUCACUCCCGAUUUUUUACAGUGAUAUCGCGUCACUAAUUCUAAAAGGACAUAUUUUUAUACGUCUUUUUGUCUUUAGUCACUAAGUUCAAAUCCAAAAAGGCGUAUUUUUUUUAAAUUGCUAAUCAUCGUAGACUUAUUCUAAAGCUGAAAAUUUUUAUUUUAAAUUUUAUGAUCCUGAAAUUAACAUGAUACUGAAGUUAGCCGACGUUUAAUAAUUUUUGGAUUUUUUAAAAAACGAUAAAUUGAAAGAAAAAUAAUAUUUGAAAAAAUCGCACUUACAGUCUGUUAAAUUUUCUACAUGUGUAGAUUUUUAUUUUUUUUUUUUAUUCAAAUUUACUUGUCGAAAAAAAUCCGAAAAUUUUUAAUUGUCUGCUGACUUCAAAAUCAUAAAUUAACAGACAAUUAAUAAUUUUUGGAUUUUUAUUCAACAAAUCAUCAACGAGAAAAAAAAAAAAUAAAAAUAUGUACAUGUAGAAAAUUUAAAAAACCAUAGGUGUAAUUUAUUCAAAUAUAUAUUUUUUCUUAUUAUUUAUCGUUUUGAAAAAAGUCAAAAAAUUACUAGACCUCGGCUAACUUCAGUGUCAUUCAAUUUUUAGCUAUAAAAUAAUUCUACCAAACGAUUGGCAAUGAAAAUAAAAUUCCAUGCGCUCCUUUGGCUUUAGAGUUUCCUAAAUCCAUGAGAGCGUUUAAAAAAAUGUCCUUUUAGAAUUAGUCACAUGAUAUUUAAUUUAACCCAAAGAAUCUGUACACAAAAAAAAAUUUCUUGGUGCAAGAAAAAUUUUGCAUUAUAAAUAAAAGACAAAAAUUUUCUUAAGACUAGAAAAAAUUUUUUCUUGCCCCAAGAAAAUUUUUAUUUUCAAUUUAUAAUCCAAAAAAUUUCUUGGAGGCUAGUAAAAAUUUUUUGCUUCAAGAAAUCAUUUUUUUCUGUGUAAGUUUGAGUUAUUUGCACAUCUCUAAUUAUUAAAUAUAAACCAAUGUCCUAAAAAAAAAAAAUAUCGUCAUAUUGUUACAAUAAAUAUGUGUGAGCUAUUAAUCUGUACACUGUCAGACUGCUCAGAUCUUCGUGAUUGUGAAAUAAAAAAUAAAAAAAUAUCAAAGAUGAACAAAAAAAAAAAU